AUGAGUGAAGUAGAUGUUGCCACUGAAGCUGUAUAUCAACAAUCAGAUCAAGAUGAUGAUAAUGAUAAUGAUGGCAUCGAUAGAAGAAACAUUCCUCAAUCAAAGGAAGAACGAGCAUUAAUGAUACAACGUGUUCUCGUAGCUGAACAGCGCUGGUUCCAAAACUUGGAAGUGGUCGAAAUUUUUAUGAAGCUGGAAAAUAUUUUACGGGAAAUUUGUAAAAGGAUGAAUCUAUCUGCUAAAGUGGAUUCAUCAACCAGGCUAGGAGCAGAAAAUCCGACGAAAGAAAAACUUUCGUUGGUGCAACGUUCAGGAGCGGAAGUAUUCAAAUGUUCUGUUAUGCUGCUUGGCGAGAGUAUUAUACAAACUGAGGUGAUAAUCAAAUAUCCGAAAAUGCCUGGUGGCGCUUACCGCGGAGCUGCACAACCCGAUGUGCAGUGGAAAUUGCAGCAGAUGCAAGAUGCUGAUAAUUACUAUGUUCAAGCUCUAAGCACGCUCGUUCGGGGAUUGAAGUGGAUUAAGCAGAUAGCACCUAAUGAUAUUGGUAAGAUAUCAUCCACUGUUAUCACUAUUGUAGCUAAGGUAACAAACCUGAUCAGACAGGCACGUUCAACAUUAUGCAUACCAGAAAAACAUACGUUAUUGGAAUUGUGUAAUUCAACAAUAACACGAUGUUUCAAUCCCCCAUUGCCACCUGAUUUGGUUUUAUCAUAUUAUAUAAUCGCAAAUCGCCUUGUUUGUGCUGCUUAUCAAGUUACAUCGAAAACCAGUGGUAGCCAAGGUUUGACAGUUACCUUAGCGGACUGCUUGCUUCCUCAGCUUGUGGAUGUUUUAUUGUUAACAGAUAAAGCUUUGAACGUAUCGCAACAACUCAGCUAUAAUAUGUGUAUGCUUAUAGAACGGAUAAAUACAUACAGCUAUAUUUGUUCCUGA